UGAGUGAAUUGUUUGUGUGCUUUUUUAAAGUACACAAUUUAUUUACUACCGUAGAGUUUCGGUUUUAGUUGCGAGCUCAAAGCGAGAACCACAUUUAGGACUGAUUAAGAAAAACAAAACAAAAACAUGUCAGUGACUCACACACACGUGCUCAAAGAUUUGAAAGUACAAGAAAAUGAAAAAAAAAAAACAAGUUCAAUCAUUUCGUCUCAUUUGAAAGUAAUUUUGCUUCGUUGCAGCAUCCUGCACAUCUACACGGCCAAAGGCCUCCGGGAGUGYGCCUUUGUUGCUGCCGAGAAGCUGAGGGACCUCAACAAACUCGAYGCCAAAGAACACAAGGGGAAGACGGCUUUAUUAGUGGCAGUGACGGCAAACCAGCCAGAGAUCGUCCAGGACCUGCUGUCUUUAGGGGCCGACAUCAACGCCUGUGACGUUAAAGGACAGACCGCUCUUCAUUUGGCUGCUCAAUAUGGCUUCCCGGGGGUUCUGCAGGUGAUUCUGUCAGGCAGACUAAAUGUCAACUUGGAGGCUCGUAAUUUUGAAGGUAUGACUCCUCUACACUGUGCAGCCAUUUCCCACAGUGUCACGGCGAAAGCUCUGGCAGCCGCGGAGCUGGCAGACGUUCACCUUCAGGCCAAAGCCAACGAGAAGCUGUCCUGCGUUCAGAUGCUGCUGAACGCAGGCGCGUCCCUCCUCAGCCAGGAAAUCAAAAGUAACAAGACACUGCUGCAUUUGGCUGUGAAAGAGGGGAACAUUGACCUGGUGCGCUAUCUGCUGCAGAUUCCCCUGCCCAACAUGAGAGACUUUGUCAAYAUGAAAGCUCACGGUCACACGGCGCUGCACAUGGCGGCCGGUCUCCAUGGCAGUCCCCAUCAGGAGGAGAUCCUGCAGCUGCUCCUGAGCAGAGGAGCCGAUCCCAGCAUUCGCAACCUGGAGAACGACCAGCCGGCUCACCUGCUGCAGAGCGGCCACCAGGGAGAGCAGCUCAAGCUCAUGCUGAAGAAACGCAGCGCUUCUUCACGUCGACGUAUCGUGUCCUUGCAGGACCAGGAUUGAUUUCAGACCUCAUGUAAUCCCUAUUUGGAGGGAAUGAGUUUUUACAGUGGUUUCUCUGUUAAGAAGAGGAAUUCUUUUUAAACUCUGGGAGUUAUUAGCCUGAAAUUUGCUCAUAGUUACCUAAAUUUAGUGUAGGCCUAAGAAAAAUAAAACUGUGGUGCUAUAUUUAUUUUUCUACACACAGUUUACUUUUUUCUUUCUUUUUUUUAGGUAGCUACACAUUUCAGGACUUUAAAGUUUCAAAAAUAUUCUGCUUUUAAACAAAGUUUUGUUUGAACUUACAGAAUACAAGACAUAAUUUUCAAAUUUAUGUAUAUUUAACAAUCAGUGUGAGGAUUUCUGGGAUUUUAUGAAUCAUUAUUAUCUUWYCUGUUGAAUGGAGCCAUUCAAAAKGCCRUGUGCUCGUUUGUCCUCAGGGAACACCAACGCUGGGAUAUCGAGCCAAGACAAUCCAACAUUUGAGAUUGUAGCGGUUCAUUCCAAACAGACUAUAGGGCUGUGUCCAAAUUUAGGGGCUGUGUCCUUUGAAGGCCAAAUAUGAAAGUCAAUAACGUCACAAUGAUGCACUUGGCUGUCCAAGUUCGAAGGCUCCUCCAAUUACCACCCACAAAUGCAUCCUCCUCCUCAGCCACCCAAUCCCAAGAUGCACUGUGCAACAACCAGGCAAUAAUUUUGCUUGUAACGGUGGACAAAGAGAGAAAUGAAGCAAGACAGGAGUGCAGUUUCAAAUUACAAUUUGGCGGUACAAAAAUUGAAAGUGURAAGCGGUUCAGUUGUUAGGCUUUUGCUAUUUGCAUAUUAAGUCUGUAUGGAAGGUCUAUUAAUUCCUCAUGUAUUGCCUCUAAGCUAAUUUUGUUCAUUUAUAAUAUUAAUAGUUCAUUUCAAUCUUCAUUGCUUCUGUUUAACGUUGUCACGGUUAAAGGCGACAGGACAUAUACUGGGGUAAMGGGUGAAUAAAACUGAAGGCUAAACUUGUCCCGAUGCAUCUCAGUAAUCCAGGUAGAAAAAAAAAAAUCAAAAAAUCAAAAAUAAGUAGGU